CUGAGGGUCCAACAUCUGAUGGUAAAUCAUCAGCAAUGCCGCCUCUAAAACCCCCUCCUGAAAGACCAGAUGCUCAGCCUCCUCCUCCAACAGCACCUGAUGCAGCACCUCCACCCCCUCCGCCUGCAUCCAGAGCUCCACCACCAUCACCCCCGAAAGUUUCUCGGCCCCCACCUGCACCACCGGCGGCAAUCCCUGGUAAACCUCAAGCACCACCUGUGGCGCCACAUCAGGGUGGACCCAAUGGCUCAAGUAUGGAUCCUGAUUCAUUAGGCCAUAAAACCAAGUUAAAGCCCUUUUUCUGGGAUAAGGUUCUUGCCAACCCUGGACAAUCCAUGGUCUGGCACGAGAUUAGUGAUGGAUCAUUCCAAUUCAAUGAGGAGAUGAUGGAGUCCUUGUUUGGAUAUGCAGCAGUGGAAGCUAACAAAGGCAACCGCAAGAAAGAUUUAGCUUCGGAACCUUCAGUACAGUACAUUCAAAUCAUCGACCCUAGGAAAGCUCAAAACCUUUCAAUUCUCUUACGGGCACUGAAUGUGACAACAGAAGAAGUUAUGGAUGCCAUUCAACAAGGAAAUCCUGAUCUUCCAGCAGAGCUUAUGCAGACCUUGUUGAAGAUGGCACCAACAGCAGAAGAGGAGCUGAAACUGAGAUUAUAUUCAGGGGACCUUUCUCAGCUAGGGCCAGCAGAACGGUUCCUGAAGGUGUUGGUGAACGUUCCUUUUGCUUUUAAACGAUUGGAGUGCCUUCUCUUCAUGCUCUCAUUGACGGAAGACGUCGCUAGCAUUAAGGAGUCGUUUGCUACGCUACAGGUCGCCUGCAAAAAUCUUAGAAACAGCAGGCUAUUUUUCAAGCUACUAGAAGCAGUUCUCAAAACUGGCAAUCGUAUGAAUGUCGGGACGUACCGUGGCGGUGCUCAGGCGUUCAAGCUCGAUACGCUCUUGAAACUGGCGGAUGUUAAGGGAACCGACGGCAAAACUUCGCUCUUACACUUUGUCGUACAGGAGAUUAUUCGUUCGGAGGGCAGUCGAGCAGCCCGCUCUAAUAGACAUAGCCGGAGUUCGUCCAGUAUAGUUUCCAGCGUUACGGUUUCCGAAGACGUCGUCGACGGUUCUGUGGAACAUCAUCGGCGAUUAGGUCUUCAGGUCGUUUCUGGUUUGAGCACGGAGCUCCAGGACGUUAAAAGAGCGGCCGCCAUAGAUGCGGAAGGGCUAACGAAGACGAUCUCGAAACUCGGCCAGUCUUUGCUUAGAACCAAAGGAUUUAUAAACGCGGAGAUGGAAAGUUUGGACGAAGACAGCAAAUUCCACCAAUCGGUGUCGAAAUUUGUGGAAGGAGCAGAAGCGGACAUUUCGUGGAUUGCAGGGGAAGAAAAGAGGAUAAUGGCACUGGUGAAGAGAACGGUGGAUUACUUCCAUGGAAAUUCUGGAAAGGACGAAGGAUUGCGAUUGUUCACGAUCGUACGCGAUUUCCUAAUUGUGUUAGACAAGACCUGUCAAGAGGUCGAAGAAGAAGCUGCAGCUGCGGCAAAGCAAGCGAAGAAUUCCAAAAAAGAAACUCCAACAUCGUCGCAGCAGAAUUCAGAUCUACAGCAGCGGCUAUUUCCAGCGAUUGCAGAACGCCGGGUGGGCGAGGACUCAAGUUCUUCGGACGACGACGAUGGCAAGAGUUCAUCAUAAGCAGCAGCAGACUAGAUUUGACGACACUGAAAGUGUCUUAAUUAUACGAAUAGGAAUUUUUCUUGCAUGAAAUAAUAUACUUUUUAGUUAUCGGAAGAACCCAAUUAUUUUCUUCAGGAUCCAUGAAACCUUCUAGAAGAUACAUGAGCGAAGGAAUCAACCUGUUGAUAUUAGAAUAGCAGAUCGAUCCUUCCCAUGUAUAAUUUUCUGGGUCCAAUGAAAUUCAGAAGUAUAGAAAGAAAUUCCGUC